CGUGCCGUAUAUACCGACCGUACGUCAGGACAAUAAUUCUGUCCAGAAAUCCUCGCUGUCUGAAUAUUUGUCUGCGCCGUGGUUUGAAGUUAAUGUCGGCUUUCUGAUGCACUGAACCUAUAAUGGAUGUCGUUUGAGACGAUACUGGACUGCAGCAACAGUUAUGAUUGAAUAGAAUGGCCAGUGCUUAACUAUGGAUGCAUUACGGAUAGAAGAGAAGACCUUACUGUUUGAGUUUGAACUGACAGACUGCAUCUUAAAUACACCAGGCAGUUAUUACAUUAAGUUGUCUAUUCAGUGUGCAGCAGAUGAGGCACAAGACCUUCUUAAACAGGUCAGAGUGUGGCCAGGUGAUGACGAAGACCUAUCAGAAGAGAGUGUUUCCACGGUAACCAGCACUGUAGAUGUAACAGAGGCAAAUGCAGACAAGCCACAGAAAUUCGCCGACAACAGUUUUACGUUUUGCCUCCCUAAAGGUCUUUGCUCUCCCAAUGCUGCUAGCGAAGUCAUACUCCAAGCUGAGGUUUUUCCUUACACUGAGAAUGAUGUCGCUGUCGGGACGGUACCCAAUGUCGGGCAGGCGACCUUUACCAUCUAUCCGCGCACCAGCACCCCUUUCAUCAAACUUGUUGGAGCCAACCAAGGAGAAAACUUGUACAAGUAUGGCGGAACGCUCAGCCUGAGGAAGCUGCUGGCUGAAGACGGUCUGACCGUCCUUGGGGGUAGGCUGAAUUACCAAGUGAAGUUGAGGCUACAACCAGACAAGGAGCCAGAGCCAGAGGUUCCCCCAGAGUCACCUGCUGUUGAGGAACCCCCAGCUGAACCAGAACCUUCCCCAGUACCGACACCAGAGACGGACAUGCCCCCACCGUUACUUAGACCCAAGACAACUUCCAUUCCAAAACAAGCAGCAGUCAGCCUUGAGGACAGGCUUCCCAGGAAAGAGUUCAAUCCCAGGCGAGGCUCCGAUCUCCUGAGACAGAACCACAUUUCCAGACCAGAUCAGGAGGAUGUGAUAGUGAUCAUCCAUGCUGCUUCCAAUCUGCCACGAUUACCGGAUGGGUCUGCUCCGAGAGCCUAUGUGGCAGGGACCUGUGAUUCUGCAGUCAAAGAGACUACACUUGGAAUCUGCACUACACACUCUGUUCAGUCCGCCAGCACCAACCCAACCUGGGAAGAAGCUAUCAGAAUUACUGUUCCUGUGAAGGGGAUGCAGGAGAAGUCAGGGACCCAAUUUAUGCAAGAUAUCAAGCUUCAAGUUAUUCAUGAGACUUCACGAGAUGCAAUACUGGAGUACAGACUACCACUCAAUCAGCUGCAGCCCUUCCAUCACUAUCAUCUGGACCUUGUUCAAGAUGACAGCCACCUUUUCAUCUCAGUCCUACGAAGACAGCCUCUCCUGACAAGAUUGGAUGAUAGUUUGCUUCAAUCCCAAGAUGCUCUUGGCUUCCACGGAUUAGAAGUAUUACUGCAAGGGGUGGAGGAGCAGUUGGCCAAUCCUGUGGGGCCUCUCAUUGCCACAGCCAGACUCGUCCCUGACCUUCUCUCUUAUAGGCAUCACACUGCAGAACGUAAUCUCCAAGCCUUGAGCCUCAUCCCAUUAACUGUUGCUUACCCUGACCCACACCCGUCUUCAUUUCUUGUUCCUCAAGGAGGAGUCAAAUCAGGCUCGCCCCAGGUGAGCCUAGUCGGGCUACCUGAGGAUCAGCCUUGCUGGCAACAUGGAUUCCUCUUCACUCACCCCAGGGAGCUGGCUUCAUUAUUCACCGACGUUGCCGCAUUGGCUCUCCAGUUUUACCCAGCAUCUUCUGCUUUCAAUGGUGAAGCGUGGUUAUUACAUACCCCAUCGGGAUACUGUGCUCAGCUUCUUGAUACUAGAGCAUAUCACGCAUUGAGGAGUGAUCGCGGUAGGCUUGGAAUACGAGUCAAUCUGCCCCUUCAGGGUAGUGAUUUGAAAUCAAGAGAUGACAAGACACCACACAUAUCAAUCAUACUGCGACUCAUCACGUCUAUGAGACCGGAUUCGUUGGCCGCAUCCAGUGACUUGAACAUGCUGCCAAGCCUGCCGACAUUCUAUCAACAUGAACUGAAAUCUCCGGAGCCGUCCUUCCAGCCCCUGUCAGUAACACCAUCAUCACCACCGGCAACGCCCAAGCAGGGCGCCCAGUCAUCGCCUUCGCCUGCCCCCCGACCAAUGCGGGCUAGCACCCCACCGCCAGUGCCACUCUACACACCGAGGCAAAAAACAAGAAAGAAAAUUGCCAUGGAUGAUGAUGACCUCCCUUCCCACAAUGCCAUGCGGGACCUUUUACCAUCCAAUAAAUACCGUAUUCCCCCCACAAGGCAUUCUGAUAAUGGCCUUAUACCAACCAGGCUCCCGCCAAGCCCCGACCCUUACAAACUGAAAGACAGGAAACCCAAACCAAAUUCGGCACCUUCAGAGAACUUUGACAAAUACACUCUUAGUUUGAUGGAUGCCCAACAGAAGGAGCUAUCGAGCUACCGUGAAGCACUCAACAGGAUGGGGGAAGAAAUUGUACGAUUGCAGGAAAACAUUGGUAGGUUAGAAGCAGACAACAGCAAGCUACGACAACGCAUCAAUAUGUAUGAGGACGCAUCAAGGGCAAUGGUUACCAAUGAUGAUCUCGACGACAUUACUAAGGCAGAACUGCUUGAAAAGUAUGUGGUUGUGCGGCAGAAGUUGGCCAGGCAGGUGUCAGAGACCACAAAUUACCGGGACCAAGUCCUGAAACUCCAAAAUGAUAUGAUCAAGCAAAAUGACCGUGAGCAGCUGUACCUGAGCCAGCAGGAUGCCCAGUCAGCUCAGGCCAACGCCUUGCAGGAGAAACAAAUGAAGAUCAAGAAACUGGAGAGGACGUGCAGAGAGCAGGAGAAAGCCCUGGAGAAGAUGGAGAAACUGCUCCUGAGUAAACGGCCCAAGAAUGCCAAGCAAGAAGAUGCAAGGAGGAACGAGGUUGACCUUGUUGCUGCUGAAAAUGCCAGAUUGAAGGCGCAGAUAGAGCAAAUCCGAGUGGAAUCGGCAAAUAAGGCCUCAAGGAACAGCGAUGCAGAGAAGAUGAUGAUGCAACUACAGCUAGAGAAAUCGAAGAGCAGGAUACAGUCUCUGGAGAGAGAGUUAAUGGAGAAAGCACGUGAAUGGGGGAAACAAAAGGAAUCGUUACGCCUUCGCAUGGGUGAACAACAUCAAAGUUACAACCAGAGAGCUCUGCCACCGUUACGAGACAGAGGAUACAACCAUUAUAGCGAUGACGAACUGGACCGGGGUUACAGGGGUCUCAGGCAACAUUCCCCGGUCACACACCCGUACUUCUAAUGAGGGAUUAACCAAGCUUGUUACCAAGAUCAAGUUCCUCUGGGACCAGCCUGGUCCAUUCCUUUAACAGGCAGAAUCUGGGCGUGAUACUUUCACAGCUGUUUGAAGAUCUUCAGUUUCAGCGACUGGAGUUGCACCCAGUAUACAGCCAGACACAGCAGUUUGACUAACAAGACAGGUUUAGAUUGGAAUACGUCGCAGAGAAGUCACUGUCAUUUGCUGUUAUUCAAAGCAUAAUGGCUAGCUUGUUUUCCUGUGUGGACAGCCAGCAGGACUAUGAUUUUCAUAGGCAUGUAUUGUGUAUAGAUGCAGGUGCAUUCCAUGCACAUUCUCCGUAGCUCAGCUAGUUUCCUUGAUUUUGUAUUUGUGUAUGUCAUCAAAGAUUGGCAAAUGUCAUGCUGUCUUAUGCAGUUUGGAAUUACCAAUUUAUUCUGAAUUCCUAGUUGCAUUCCUACACGUUCUGUUUUCAUGUCGACGAUCAAAGUUGCGUGACUGGUUUACGGAAGAGUUUACGGAUCUUCUUUGUGUUUCACGUUUGAUGCUCAAUCAGGACACACACCUGUUAAUUCGACGUUUGUUUUCUGUCCAGGGAUACAAUGCCUCUUUCUGUUUUAUUUCAUCCAAACCUGGCCCUAUCCAUUAUGAUCAAUUACAUGUAUUCCAUUAUGAUCAACUAUCCACUCUCAACGGGAACAAGAGAGGGCGUUCUGGGAACUCAACACCUGCAUGCACAGGUUCAUGCACAUUUGGCCCUAAAUGCACUCAGUAUGCAUGAACAAUUUCUGUUCAAAUGUAUGGUCUCCAUAUGUAUGUGCUGGGCAUAUGCAAGAGCCGAGUUGAUAAAGUUCCCACCAGCCUGACUAUUCUUUGUUAGUGAGGGUGCACUUUCAGUUGGCACGUACAUGUAUUGUUAGAAUAGACUGUAUUAUGCACACACUGUUUUUUACAGUGAUCAGAUGUAUUAUUUAUGUACAUGUGUUUUGCAAAAAUUAUCGUGUGAAAUUUUACUUUUGGAAACAGGUUUUCUAGAUGUACCAGCCAUCGAA